AUGGCAAAAGAUAGGGGCUCAAGACUCGUAAGAGGUCGGAAGGUGUUCUUAAGGGAAGCGAUUACGUUCGAGUUGAAAGAAAUGCAACGACAGGAAGAAGAGGCAGCAAGAAGGCGUGGCCAUCUCGGCAGUCCGUCGCGAUCGCAGCCUCACGAAUCGUUCGGCGCGGAACCCGACGAACGCAGUCGGCUGUCCACUGGUGAAAGUAGUGGUUGGCGAAUGUCACUCGCUCGUGCCCCUAAGUUCGAUUCAAAGGAUCCGCGUGGUAAGUUAAACGGUCUACACGAUCAGCUGCAGAAAAAUGCUCAGCUAUUAACGAACGAGGUGGAGAACCACGAACCGUGGAUUGAACGUAUCUGCAGUAACGGACGUGAACUUAUUGACGCUGGGCAUGAAAACUCGGCCGCUUUCGAGCAACGCAUCACCGAAUUGCGUGAUGCAUGGCAAGAGCUAAAGGACGCAAUCAAGGACAGAAAAGACAGACUUGCGGAAAGCGAGAAAGCGCAUCAAUUCCUGUACGACUGUGGAGAGGCUGAAGCUUGGAUGAGCGAGCAAGAGCUGUACAUGAUGCAGGAUGAACGUGGUAAAGACGAAUUCUCCACCCGGAACCAGAUCAAGAAGCAUGAGCGUCUACAAUCUGACAUUGACAAGUUUGCCGACACCAUUCGGCAACUGGCUGCCAAGGCGCAGAAGUUUGUGGAUGAACGAAGUCCGCUAAGUGACCAAAUUGCCCUACGACAGUCUCAGAUUGAGAAGCUCUAUGCUGGUCUUCAAGACUUAUCUAAGGAACGCCGAAAGAGAUUGGACGAGACUCUAGAAUUGUACGCACUUCAUCGUGAGAUCGAUGAUCUGCUUCAAUGGAUUGCAGACAAGGAGGUGGUUGCUGGUAGCCAAGAGAACGGUCAAGACUACGAGCACGUACAAAUGCUGCAAGAGCGAUUCCAGCAAUUCGCCCGGGACACAGAGAACAUCGGAUCGGAACGAGUAGCCCGUGCCAACGAUGGUUGUGAUGCGUUGAUUGCUGUUGGUCAUACGGAUGCUCCAACCAUUGCUCUUUGGAAGGACAGCCUCAAUGAGGCGUGGGAAAAUCUCCUUGAGCUGAUUGACACGCGUGCUCAAAUGCUUGAGUCAAGUCGUCUGUUGCACAAAUUCUUCCAUGAUUGCCGUGAUUGUCUUUCGCGAAUUCUUGAGAAGACUCACGCAAUGCCCGAGGAUUUGGGCAGAGACUCAAGCAGUGUCGGUGCACUGUCCAGGAAACACCAAAACUUCUUAAAGGAUAUUGAUGCAAUUGGAGAGCAGGUGGCUCAAAUUGAGCGUGAUGCCAGCGAACUCCGUGACGGAUAUGCUGGAGAACGAGCUCUGGAAAUGUCAGCACGUGAAUCGGAAGUUGUGAAGGCAUGGAGACAUCUUCGAGGAUUGUGCGACGCACGAACAUCUCGUCUAACCGAUACAUCAGACCUGUUCCGCUUCAUGAAUAUGGUCCGUGACCUUCUGUUGUGGAUGGAUGAAGUCAAACGAGAGAUGACAAGUCAAGAACGACCAAAGGAUGUUAGCGGUGUUGAGUUGUUGAUGAACAAUCACCAAAGUUUGAAGGCGGAGAUCGAUGCUCGAGAAGACAAUUUCAACGCAUGUAUUUCACUUGGACGGGAUUUGUUGAAUCGUAAACAUUAUGCAUCCAGUGAAAUUGAGAAGAAAUUAAUAAAGUUGACAACGGAACGAGCAGAGAUGAUGCGACGAUGGGAGGAUCGAUGGGAGUAUUUGCAACUUAUUCUCGAAGUCUAUCAGUUUGCCCGAGAUGCCGCUGUUGCGGAAUCUUGGCUUAUGGCACAAGAACCGUAUCUCAUAUCACGCGAAUAUGGGCGAAGUUUGGAAGAGACGAUAGCCCUCAUCAAACGACACGAAGCCUUUGAAAAAUCGGCGGCUGCACAAGAAGAACGAUUCCUUGCUUUGGAAAAGCUGACAACGGUUAGCACGGUGAGACAUCUCGGCACAUCAAAGAAAGGCUUGAUGCCGACAGUCACCCCAGCAGAACUCGAGGAUCUUGCGCAGCUCAGGAAGCAACGUCUUAUCGAUGCGCUUUCACUUUACAAGUUGUAUGCCGAUGCUGAUUCUGUCGAAGCCUGGAUUGAUGAGAAGGCCAAACUGUCAGCGACGCUUGUCCUGGACAAAGACUUGAAGAGUUAA